UGCAUUCUUGCGUUCGUCUGUAGAAGUACAGAUUAACAACGGCACUACGGGCAUGCAUUACCUUGGUCACAUAAGGUGUGCGUUUCGAUACAUACGUGUUCAGUCUACGUGACAGUAGUACAAGGGAGGUAUUACCUGCUCAGAAUCAUUCCCCCGAUGCUAUCUUUGAUGGUCAUUCAAGUCAGCCAGUUGCAAGAAUGGCUUCACAAUCUCAGGAGAACAUGUAUUCAUUUCAUCAAGCGCCGCGCUGGGAGCAUUCAACAGCAACCCGCGGUGCAGGCUCUUCUAGCUUGGAGUCGGAACUCGGUAACCUGAUCGGUCCUCCCCAUCAUCUUCCAUUACCUCGGGAGCUGUCUUCGACCAUACAGCCCAAUCUUCUUCCUUCAGUAACCUCAUUUUCAGCGUUCUCAAGUAUUCCCGUCGCCUCGUCGAGCACCCAGCCACCUUCCCUUGGUGGUAGCGAAGCCUUCAACCCAGUCACCUAUACAGAUCGCCAAAUUUCUCAUCAUACGGAAUACGGAACUCGUUCACCCCACGUACAUCAGAUUCCACAGCCUGAUUAUCCUUGUGCUUAUGUCGAUGGUCUCCCGAUUGACGAAGAAGACCUUAUAGGCGGUAACACCAAUGAUGACUGGAUAAGUGUCCAUGAAUGCUGCCGCGGAGACUCUCCCUGUGGUCUCUGGGUGAAAGCGGAUAGGCGCUCUAUCAUACGGCAUGGGCAGCGAUGGCAUAGAGACGCUCGAGGCGGUGGAGAUAGGAAAAUCGCUUGCCCAUGGUUGGGCUGCACCAGGGAGAUGCGGGCAAGCGACAUACCACGGCAUACUUUGAGCGCUCACUUCGGUGCAACGUGGAUUUGCAGGGGCGCAGGAUGCUCCAAAGUUUACACGCGUCGCGAUACCUUCAAAGCCCACUCUCGAAAGUGUGACAGUUUCGACGCGGCUAUGGAAUACGACUCCAGUACCCGCGUCAUUAAUAGAAGCAACGUUUCAAUACAUCAUGAUUGAAAAAAAAGAAAGAAUGGAAAAACACACGACGACCCCUUCAUUGCGCAUUCGGACGCUAUCAUAUCAUAUUGUCGCUCGCAUUCACUAUUCCUAUUAUAUAUCCCUUA